AUGGGGUCAGGGACCAGCAAGGAUCCGUCGCCGGCAGCGAGCGGGCCCCGCCGCCCGAGGCCUAGGGCUUUCGGCGCCUCUUGCUUCGGCCUCUCUUCGAGCCCUCCUCGUGACCCAGACUACGACGACGACGGAGAAGGGAAAGCUGGUAGAACCGACGGAGUCGAGAUUAAAUCCUCGAGAGAGAUUAGCGAGGGAUCGAGAAGACGUAGGAAGACGCCACCUUCGUCGGCGAACGCCGGUCGAGACGGGGCUCAUCAGGAGAGUAGCGGUAGUUCGGAUGCGGAUCCUGCUAUCUCUUCGAACCCAUCGAGCAGGUCUAGGUCUCGAUUCGGGUUUAUCCCAGAUGGAAUUGGGUCUCGGUUGGGCAGAGCGAUGAGCUUAGGGUCGUCGAGGGCUCGGUCUCUGUUCCCCGAAACCACUUGUGAUGACGUGGGAAGCGAGAACGAGGAGGACGUUGCUGUUGGUGCUGCUGCAGGUGGUCGGCGGAGAUUGCUGCCGUAUGAUGUUGGCAGCUUUGCUGAGAACGGCUACCGUACGGAGGAUGGGAGUUUGAAUUUGAGGGAGGGAAGCGGUCAUGACUUGUUGGAGCACAGGUCGGCUUUCCUCGAAAGACGAAGGAGAAUAAGAUCUCAGGUUCGAGCUCUUCAGAGGUUGGGUAGUAGGUUCGAGAGUUUAUCGGGUCAUGAGAGGUCUUGCAUUUCAUCCGGCCAACAUAGAACAGGCCGUUGCACGUGCAGAGCGACCGCCCGCGUUGCGUCCAAUCCUAGCGAUGAGCCGGGCACUAGGGCCAGCUUGUCAAGGAUUGUUAUGUUGGCCGAAGCACUUUUCGAGGUUUUGGAUGAAAUCCACCAGCAAUCCGUUGCCUUGUCUUCUCGUCCGGCCUUUUCUUCGAUUGGAUCUGUUCCUGCACCCAAGGAGGUUGUAGAAUGUAUGCCGGUAAAGGUAUACAUGAAGCCACAAAAACAUCAGCAUGAUGAGAUUGCUCAAUGUUAUAUUUGCCUUGUGGAGUAUGAGGAUGGAGAUUUCAUGCGGAUACUGCCCUGCAAUCAUGAAUUUCAUCAAAAAUGCAUAGACAAGUGGUUGAAAGAGAUUCACAGGGUCUGUCCUCUCUGUCGCGGUGAUGUUUGCAGAACUGAAGUAUCUGGCGCCGAUAAAAUAAGUUGAGUUCGUUACUGCAGGAUCCAAUCUUAAUUUAACCUGCAAAAUUUCUGUGUACUGCAGGAUUCAAACUUCUUUGAGUUCUGUUACUGGGGAGCAUUGCAUCUUUCCUUCUGCCUUGGGUUCAAAUGACCUAAUUUUAUUUUCUUAGGUUAAAUUCAACCCAAGGAUGAUAUGGAUAAGUUUCAAUGUUAUAUCCCCAAUUCUUUUUAUUGGUAAAUUUUGUGAGGGACUCCAAACUUUACGGUGGGGGGGGACGAAUGGAAAUUUGAAUCAUCUCUAUUACAAGAUUAUGGAACCCUCUGUUGUCAA